UCGAAUACAGUACUUGAGUAAAUGUACUCGGUUACUCUCCAGCUCGGUGGGCAGGACUGUACAGUAACCAUUCCCGGUGAGGAGCAGCGCAGCUCAGAGCGGACCGGACCGCCGCAGGAAAGACGCAUCCAGCAGCUCAGGUUAGCUGGCUAACUUGCUGCUAGCCAAAUUUUUAAAAAGCUUAAAAUGUUUCCUCUCCGCGCUUUGCAAACUGAACGGGAUGGUCGCAGAGUCGAGGGAUUGUGCCAUGACAUUACAGCGCCGUGUUGUUGAUGUUUCCCAGCCUUGAGUUAUGCUCUCGCGAAAGAAAAGUAAAAACGAAGCGUCGAAACCAGCCGAGGUACACGGGAAAUAUGUGAAGAAGGAAACGUCGCCGCUCCUGAGAAAUCUUAUGCCCUCAUUCAUCCGCCAUGGACCCACUAUUCCCAGACGCACAGAGGUCCCUCUCCCAGAGAUGGGGCCCUCUUCCUACCCUGUGGCCCCCAGCCGGGAGCCUGUGGUGUCCCGCAACAAGAGCUUCCUCCGUACCCCUGUGCAGAGGCCCCCUCAUGAGGUGGCCCGCAGAGAGAGCCACCGCAUGUCAGCACCUCCAUACCUGCCUCGCAGUCUGGGAGACCAGCCCCACGAGUAUGGAGGCUCCUCACAGUCCUUCCUCACAGACGUGAGCCCCAUGUCUGAGAACGGAGACGCUGGCCGGUAUUAUUACCCCUCUGAACCUUACUAUGACAACCAGCAGCAGCGCCAGCCCAGGAGGGUCCCAGAACGCUUUCCUGAGGACUAUAGAUACUAUGAGCACAAUGAACACAACUUCCAAAGACUUCCACGACAGCACACUCCCCCGGCUCCAAGUAGACCCCCUUCAGGCAUAGGUCGAAUACAGGCCAAGUCUUUGGGGAACCUCUCUAGUCUGACGGGAGAGGACCUCCCUCUUCCGGCCGGCUGGACCGUCGACUGGACCAUCCGUGGCAGGAAGUACUACAUCGACCACAACACUAACACUACACACUGGAGCCACCCUCUAGAGAGGGAAGGGCUCCCUCCAGGCUGGGAGAAGGUGGAGUCGGCUGAGUUCGGGGUCUACUACGUGGAUCACAUCAACAAGAGGGCACAGUAUCGUCACCCUUGUGCUCCAAGUGUGCCUCGCUACGAUCAGCCCCCUCCGUUACCACCUCCUGUGACCUAUCAGCCGCGUCCUGCAGAGAGGAACCAGCCGGUGCUGGUGCCAGCUAACCCGUACCACACCGCCGAGAUCCCAGACUGGCUGCAGGUGUACGCCCGCGCCCCCCUCAAGUAUGACCACAUCUUGAAGUGGGAGUUGUUCCAGCUGGCAGACCUGGACACGUACCAGGGCAUGCUGAAGCUGCUGUUCAUGAAGGAGCUGGAACACAUCGUCAAAUCCUACGAAGCGUACCGGCAGGCGCUGCUGUCCGAGGUGGAGGCUCGCAAACAGCGGCAGCAGUGGUACGCCCAGCAGCCCAACAAGAACUUCAUAGGGAACAUGUGAUGUGUGUGUGUGUGUGUGUGUGUGUGUGUGUGUGAGCGCAGCAGGGACUCCAUCGCUGCCACACCUCUCUGAGGUUCCCACAGUUUGGGAGCGGUCAGGGUUUCCUUUUGAAAUCAUGAUUGACUCUUAAUUGCCUCUUUACCAAACACAUCUGUGCCUUCGCUUAAUCCAAAUAUAUCAGCCAGGAAGUCAAGACGCACAUUGGCGGUGGGGGGGGCUCCUCAGGGGGCCCCCCCUUUUUUCCCCCCCAUGUGACACUCAAUGUAUGAAUGACUGUGUGACUGAAAAAAAAAAACAAAAAAAAAAAACUCCAAUGAAGAAAAAGAACCUAUAAUGUGCUACAUCUGGGGAGACUGCUUGUGGUGCCAUUUACAGCCACUGCCCUGAGAGCUGAAUUGCUGUAUGGAUUUUUUGUUUUAAAGACUGAGGAGUACAGUCUGAAAAACUCUGGAUAUUUGUUCAAAAACAUCCUGAGAUUGUGCCUUUUUUUUUUUUUUUUUUUU